AUGCCGGAACUGCUCAAGCUAGCAUCCCUGCUGCAAUCAGCCAACAAGGCUGCACCAGGCAGGAGUGCAGAGGAGCUCAUCCCAUGCACGGAUCCAGUGGGCAUUUCAGAAGCACAGCACGCGGCCUCAAAGCUGCAGAGGCUGGCUGAAGCACUGCCGGGCACUGUUGCGCGCAAGGUGGAAAUGCAGGCAGUCCAGCAGCAUAUGACCGCGGCCACAGCAGAGGCCCAGCAGCAGCUGGCCGACACCCGGCAGGCUAUAUGUGAGCUCCAGGAGCGGGAGAGCAUCAAGGGCGCACUGGACUCCGUCCGCUGCGCGGCGACCCGGCUUGAGGCGUUGGCGGCGGCGCGGCCGGCACACGCGGCCGAUGAAGAUACACUCCGGGUGCAGCUGCAAGCGCUCUUUGACGAGUACAAUCAGGCGACGCGCAACAUGGAGUGGAUGCACGCGCAGAUCAGGCAGCAGCGAGCGGGGGCCUUUGCUCGGCAGGGGAGAAUUGAAAGGCGCAGCAGCGGUUCUGGGAGCAGCGGGUCAGACAGUAAUGGGGAUGCUGAUGUCAGCAGCACCAGGUGGCUGCCAUCUGGCGGCAGCGGUGAUGUCAGCCGUUCGUCCCUGCGCACCCCUGCGCUGAUGUCAGCGCGUGUAAGAACGCCGUCGACUUACCGGCCCGCCAAGUUUGGCACCUAUGCGGAUGAUUCCUGA